UGUCAAACACAGACGAAAAACGCGAAAACAGUGCAUGGGAUUAAUUUUACUAAUGUUUUAAUUCAUAAAAUUAUCGAUUUCCAUUUGAUUGAUAUUGUCUUGUAAAUGUGAGAUUAGUCUGUAUUUUGUGUGUUAAUUUUGCCAUGAGUGUGUGAAGUUCGCGUCUAAAAUGUCGGGCUCGAGUAGCAGCAAGAAUCAUUCUAAAAAGUCGAGCAGUAGUCGCGAUAGAAACAAGUCUAUCGCUUCUGAAUCUGGUGGUUCCAGCCAGUGCGAUACACCACCACUGAUUGAGAAGGAUGGAAGUACGUCACAAGGCAGAUUUGCUGGAGUGGGGCCGGACUCCAUUGUGUGCAUGGCGGAGCAGAUGGCCUGUGAACUCAAUCCCGAAGCAGCCACAAAUCUUGCCGAAGAUGUCAGCUACAAACUGCGACAGACGAUUAGCACAAUAGCACUGCACAGUGAGAUGUUCAAGAAGACCCGGGUAGACAGCUGGGACGUGAACACGGUGAUGAGCCUCACGGACACCAGCCCAGUGGUCGGUACAUCUGUCACCCAGUACGUGCCCCUCGGUGAUGAGAAGUUGUGCUGCCCAGUUGAUACACUUAUAAACGUAACCGAAGCGGCGCUAACGCCGCAAAGCUACGUGUUCUCGACCCUCCCCACCGUGUCUGUCGAGUGGAUCACCGACGAGAAAAGUCUGAAUAACAAUAGCAAUAUAAGCGUUAGUUUACAAAAUUAUUACACUAAAGUAGCCAGAGCAAUAUUGAAUCUGAAGAAGAAACCGAAAGAAAUAGCGGUGGAAGAUCUCACAAAGAACACACGAAUCGGGCCGAUAUUCCCAAAUCUAUUCAACUUGGCGGUGCUGGUUCUCAACGACGAUAACCUGAAUGCCCUGAACGUGCCGGCGAAGAAACCGCUGCAGUCGAACGUUUUGGACAUGGUGGAUGCUCUCUGUUCUAACCCGUGCAGCUUAGACACCAAUAUACAGCAACAGUUCCAACGGUUAUUUCCAGUGAUGGUGUCAAAUAUUUUAGGAAAUGGAUCGUUAUCAGAUAAAAUGGUUGCAAUACUCACAAAAAUCACACGUACCUGGCCUUCUUUUAUAGCAAUAGGUAAAAGCAUACUCUUUGACUACUUAGCGCAAGGCACUAAAGAGCGACUGACCGCACCCAUGAUAAAGUGCGUCAUUGCUCUAGGAAGGAGGGCGCUUAUAGAGUGCCUGGAUGACCAUCUGCAGCACUUGGAUGAGUGGAUGCACACGCCUAGGAGGAAUCACCUGCUGCCUGACCUUAGGGAGACUAUACUCGACGCAUCGACCUGCCUGCUCAGAUCUGAGCCCACCACGUACCUAGAAGACUACGUGUCCACCGACUACGCGCUUUAUGAAAUGCUCGGCGACUCCAUCUUACCGCGGCGGACUCUAUUCCCUUUACAAAGUAAGUUAACCACCCAUUUAAUUGAGUUAUCCAGUUAA